GGGUUUUAAUUUGGUCGUAAACAGUGCCGAUCAUCCAUCAGCGCCGUUCUCAACGAGAUUGAAUUCAUAAUAUUGGGCAAAUUGUGUUCGCACGUUAGGUAUGGGAAAACAAAAAGAAAAAUAAAUUCCGUCCUCUAUUUUUGGCCGGCGCAAAAAUAUAAUCAUUCCGUUACUAAAACAUCACCAAUCUGCGGCGCCGCGCACACAUACGGUCGUUUACAGUCACAGUAACUGGUCUCACGCAGUCCAAGUAGCUAGCUGAAUGCAUUCGCCACAAAGUCUAAGCGAUUCGAUUCGGGAAAAAUGAGAUUUGAAUUGUGAGUGAAGUUGACGGAUCUAUUAGACUGUAUUUAUGGCGCCCACGUCGAUAAUCGAAGAUGACUGGAAUUCUACCGUGUUUGAUCUUUGGGCGGAAGAUUCCAAGGAAGUUGGCAAUAGUUUGUGGUACAUUGUUGGUUGCCUCAUCUGCAUCACUCUGCUGUCGAUCGUGCUGAUCCUGUACAUGAUCAUCCCGAACCUUCGAUGCGUCCGGGGAUAUAAGACAUGUUUUUUCCUGCUCGGAUUGAUCACGGCUUACCUUGGUAUGCUGGCAAUGAAUUUGAGAACGAUGGUGAUUCCAUGUCAAGUUCAGGGAUACUUGUAUGCCUUCGGCAUCGUGAUCAGCGUGUUUUGGUUGAACGUGCUAUGCUACGAUUGCUAUGCACUGUUCCGUAGCAGUGGAGGAAAUAGUGCCGAGAAAAAUCGUUUCGCCUACAGUUGCUUGUACGGUUGGGGAGGUCCGCUGGCACUAUUGCUGUUUACUUUAUUCAUGGAACGUGCCAAAACGGUCCAGGAGACCCUGAGACCUAACUUCAGCACUUGGGCUUGUUAUUUUAUUCCCAACAAAACUGCCGAAUUCCUGUAUUUUUUUCUCCCAGUGCUACUGCUCAUGAUCAUUGGAAUAUUUUUCCUAUUAGUUGGAGCUUAUCAAGCGAGGAUACUACAUCGUGUUCCGAGGAAUGUUGUUCGAUUCGAUAGAAGUAGUGAUCACGAGAGAUUUUUAUUCACAUUACGAAUAUUCAUCGCUACAGCUCUGACAGUUACAUUGAAUUUAGCAUCGUGGGUAUUCGCUGAAGCACUCUGGUUACAGUGGACGUCCGGUAUUUGCGGUUACAUCAUGGGGGUGGCGAUAUUCUUGCUGUGUAUUUGCAAUCCCGAAGUGACACAAUGGUUAGCGAAACGGUGUUGUUAGUGGAAAAAGAUAGACUUUCGUCAAUUGUAAGCUUUCCAUAAUAUAAAUCAUCGCUAA